AUGCUCCUCCUCAUCCUCAUCCUCAGCAUCCUCGCUAACACGGGAGUCAACGCGGCCCCGGCGCCGGGUGUUCUCGUCAAGAACCCAUGGCAAGCCCACGGACCCGGCGGCAGCACCAACAACGGCCAACGACGAGGCGUGGUUGCAGGCGUCUUGGAGGACGUGGCCCGCUUCGUCCAGCGCCAUGCCUCGCUGUUGUCGCCGCCGGGCGCCGUCCUGCAGCCGCUGCUGCUCAACGGCGACAAAAACGUGCUCGCGGCCCGUGGCGCCGCCGACAACUUCACCGUCACCACGACCGUCUUCGUUGUCGCCCCGACGCCUUCGUCGCCAGCAUCAGCAGCAGCUCCCGCUACUUCUUCUUCUUCUGACGUCGCGGAAGGCGUCUCGACCCUCUUCUUCUCCACCGUGACCGUCACACCGACGCCCGCGGCGGCCGUCACGCCCGCGCCCUUCUCCACCGCAGCAGGCCCGUCCACCGUCACCGUCGUCGUCCCGGCGUCCUCGGCCGCCGACGCACCGCCGCUGGUGCUGACGACCGUCUUUGUCACCGCGCCGGUGCCUCUUUUGCCCUCGUCUUUGUCGUCGUCGUUGUCGUCGUCGUUGUCAUCGUCGUUGUCGUCGUCGUUGUCGUCGUCGUUGGACAUCCCGCCCGAAGUCACCGUCACCGUGACUGCCUCGGUCCCGGCCGCACCGGAAGGCGAGACCGUCACCAUCUCGGGCGCCGACGUCGUCACCACCGCCGUCCUCGGCGGGCCCCUCAGCAGCGGUGUUCUGGCCGAUGUGUCUUUGGUGACCGUGACGUCGACGAGCAGCUGGACCAGCGUCAUCGUUGUCCCUACCGUGUUCGGGCUUGCUGACCGCCAAGCCGACCUCGCGCAGAGGCGCUGGUGGAUUGGAGUGCCCGUGUCCGAUGUGCCGAAAGUGUCGGCGACGACAGAGGCGACGACCGUUGCUUUUGAGCCGCGACUCCAGCCGGUGCUGGAUGCUCACGAGACAAUCGUCGUCGACAAAGCCAAACGCGAAGCCCUGCCAGUGCCAUUUCGCGUCGAGACCGCCAAGCUCCUGGACACGGCGACUCGGGUUCUAGCUGCCAGGUAUUCCCAGGACAGAGUCGAGAACAAGGAUGACCUGUUGAAACCAGCCCUAGCUACCCGAGAAAUGCUCUCUCUCUCAGAAAAAGAGCCCAGCGGACACCGCCACGAGAACAAGCAUCUCGACCGGCCGGACGCAGUCGCUGCCGUCAAAGACGAUGAAAAGAAGGUUCUCAACAACCGACGCGACGCCCAGCCGGACGAGUCAAUUGAGAUGCAGGACAUGAAGUGCUUUACGACAACGACGACACCAGCGACGCCGGCGCUCCAAACGCCCGCGAAACAACUGCUGGCGCUGGUGACUGACUGA